GAGUCGGCGGCGUGAGCGUGGAAGUUGUCAUCUUGGGGGGACGGCCUGUGAUGUUUUGAGCUCUGACUUGUGCAGUGUUGAGUGUUAGCUCGCUGGCUAGCACCGCUUUUUUUUUUUUCUUUUUUCCUUUCCUCCCCCCCCCUUUUUUUUUUCCCCCCCCUCCCCUUCUUCUUCCUCUGUUUGUUUACCCGUGAUCGUGCGCUGGGGAUCGCGGCGCGGUGAUGGAGUGGUCAGGCGGUGGAGAGUCCAUGGCGGAGGAGGAGAGCGGCGGUGUCCCCGCGAAUCCCGCACAGAAGUGGACUCCCGUGUGUCCGCAGCCAAGCGCGGAGAGCAUGGCAUCGCUGUGCCAGAGCCAGCAGCGGUGUGUGAAGGCCUCCAUCGAGUCCAGCUGGUGCUUGGUGGAGGCGCAGGACCAGCUGUGCGGCCUCGAGCUCCACGGUUCCGAGUCGGCCGAGCAGGAGCGCGCCCGUGCCCUCGCCGGGUCCGACGAGCUCGUUCAGAGGGAGCGUGAGUGGCGCCAAAAGGAGAGCAUGCUGGGGGGCAGCGACCUGAGCAGGAGCCCCUUGCUCAACGCAGACUGGAGCCACGAUGUGUUCAAUAAGAAGACUGUGCAGAAUGCAAACUACUAUCCACUCUCUAUUUUUAAGAGUAUUAUUAAUACUCAAAGUGGAAGUAUGGAAGUGGAAAACGACAAGAGCAAAACGUUUGUUCAGAUGUAUGAGGAGCAGCUGAGACAUUUCGGCAUGCUCGGGCGGUGGGAUGACAGCCAGCGCUUCCUGUCCGAACGACCUCAUCUCAUCUGCGAGGAGACGGCCAACUACCUGAUCCUGUGGUGCUUCCGACUACAGGCCGAGGAGAAAGAGGCUUUGAUGGAGCAAAUCGCACACCAGGCUGUCGUCAUGCAGUUCAUUCUGGAGAUGGCCAGCAACUCCAAGCAGGACCCACGUGGUGUCUUCCGGCAAUUCUUCCAGAAGGCCAAAACAGGUCAGGAGGGCUAUUUGGAUGUGUUCCGCACUGAACUGAAUGCCUUCAAGCAGCGAGUUAAGGAGUACACGCUUAAAAGCAAAGGGGAGGCUCAAAAGGACAUGGAGCCCCAGACAACUGCCAGCCGCUGCUGUUUGGACCGUAAAGAGGUUCUGGAAUCUCUGCCCCCAGACCUGAAGGCAGGCUUCCAGCAGCAGGACAUGCAGAUUCUACAGAAUGUUCUCAGCAACAUGAAUCCACAGGACCCCUUAGGGCACUGAUCAGGAGAUAGCCCUUUUGACCCUCCUGAGUUCACGCUCCUUUGUGUUUACUACCAAGCUGAAGUCUCCAGUAGUCAGUAGCCCUUUGGUGUGAACUGCCUUAAAAUAGGAUGUCUUAUCUUCUGAGCUCCAGUUUUCCAUAGCAUAAAUGCAGCUUGCAAAGCACUUCUGUUAAUUCCACCAAUCCAAACACCACUUUUAAAAUGUACAUUACAAUAUAACUGUUAAGAAUGAUGACAGCUUUGCCAGUUUGUUGGUUUCGGUCAUCAUUAAAUUGAUUUGAUUGUACUGAAAUAGCAUGGGUAGCUUUUGGCUUGUUUGUCAGGGAUUAUUUAUGAAACAACACAUUUUAUAGAAUAGAACAUCUGAUGCUCAAGAGACUGCUUUCCAAGAAUCAUCUGGAGAAACCCCAGUCAUGCUGUAUUUCUUUUGCUUCAGUUUUACCCUAAACACUCAACUAGUCGAGAUAGAGUAGCGAAAUUAGUUCUUCUGGUGGUGGAACACAGCAAAUACCUUGGCAUUAUUUUGUUUACAUGUGUAAAAUCAGUAACUAUCAGUAUUAACUAGGAUGGUGGAUCAUACCUUUUCCCUAGCAAGUGUCUUCAUUUCUAACCUGGAAAAAUACUGUUGUAACAUCUUCAGAUGUUGCCUUUUUCUGUGUAUUUGUUUUUUAAUCAUUGUAUAAGCCUGAGAGGUUGCUGAAUGAUUAUCUAUAUAGUAAUAUGGCAGUUUUUGUCAAAAUACUGAAGUUUUUUUGUGAAUUAAAAACUGUAUUGUUUUGGGGAUGUCCUUGUGUGUCUUUCCAUGUACUUUUGCUUUCUUUGCACAAAUUCCUAUCUUUAAACAAACACAGAUCGCUUGAGCCUGCUUUGUGCAGCAGUGUAGGUGAUACGUGUUUACACGCUGAUAAGGGUAACAGUGCUUCAAAAUGGCUCAAGUGGGAGGCGACUUACUUGGCCCGGCCUGCUUUGACAGGUGGCAGAGUACCAUGUGAAGCGAUGCCUGGAAGCUGGACUGUGGAACAGCACGACAAAGUGGACGAAAGAGGAAGCC